AUGAAUAAGGAAGAAAUGGAAACAAAUGAAAUGAUGUUGCAUUUAUCAAGAAUAGUAUUAAGCUCUCAUAGUUUAACACAAAUUGGUACUACAAGACCGACCAUUUUUUUGGCAAUCGAAUUUUAUGAUUUUGAAUUGCAAACAACGCCAAUGUUUAGUGGACCUGAGCUUUAUAUGCAUAUUAUUACACGAUUACAAGGAUUAGCACCUUUGUUAGCUCGUGCUGAUAAAGCACUCUUUGUUAGCAUACAUUGGUAA